CGCAAGAAAACCUCCGUGUUUUCCUAUUUUCCACUCUUCUGUGCAUCAUACGACGGUCUUCUUCUCCGAUCAUUCGCCGCUUCCAAGGGUUUGAAAUAUGAAGCUUGAUCUCAGUGGUUUCGAAUCAACUGCACCCUUUGUUGGUGCUAGCAGUGAGCUUGUUGGUGGGUUAGCAGCUGCCCCUUCAUUUGACAUCCCUGCUACUACUGAUUUUGAUGGCUUCCAGAAGGAAGCCAUUCAGAUGGUGAAACCUGCAAAGGGUACCACGACGCUUGCAUUCAUUUUCCAGGAGGGUGUCAUGGUAGCUGCUGAUUCUCGUGCAAGCAUGGGUGGUUACAUAUCAUCGCAAUCUGUCAAGAAGAUUAUUGAGAUCAAUCCUUACAUGCUUGGCACAAUGGCUGGUGGAGCUGCUGACUGCCAGUUUUGGCAUAGAAAUUUGGGCAUUAAGUGCCGGCUACAUGAAUUGGCAAAUAAGCGUAGAAUUUCAGUCACAGGAGCAUCCAAGCUGUUGGCAAACAUUCUUUACUCUUACCGUGGGAUGGGACUGUCGGUCGGCACAAUGAUUGCUGGAUGGGAUGAAACGGGUCCUGGGUUAUACUAUGUUGACAGUGAAGGGGGAAGGUUGAAGGGAACACGUUUUUCUGUUGGAUCUGGUUCACCUUAUGCUUACGGUGUACUAGAUAGCGGGUAUGGAGGACACCUAGGUUCGAAUGAAUCCAGGACGCCGCCUGGGUUUGAACGAACCCAGGAGGACAAACCUAGGCAUCCUCCUAGGCCAUCAUUUGAUGAGGAGAAAAGAAAAGAGAGGAAGAAGGAAAAAGGAGAAAAGGAGAGGAACAACAAGCUUCAAGCUCCCUUAACAAUUCUCGAAGUUUCAAGCCUCAGCCUCCUGCCAAGGGUAAGCUCCAAAUCCAUGUCAAGGAGGAAAAGUAUGGCGGACUCAAAGCAAGCUAUAACUCCUCUUACAACUCGAAAAGUUCAAAUCUUUUCCAAUCAAUCUUCCUUGCUGACUCGUGCCAAAGCGCGCAUGACGAGAUCCAAGUUGGUCUCCCCCUUGAGGCAAUUCACUAGAAGACGUCGUAAGGAGGCUGCAAUGAAAAAACAAUCAUUAGCCAUCCAGUCGCCUUUCCAGCCUGUGAAGGAUGUUGAGUACUUCUCUUCAGAAUCUAGUGAAGGUGAAGAACUAAGUCUCAAGCCCAGUCAUGGGUCUGCUUCGAAGUUAAGGUGGGCUGACAAUCCUUCAUCAUCGUUUGAGUCCCUCUUACCUGCCUUGGUUACUGAAGCGACAUCCGGUGACCCAGAUGCUCUCCUCAAGGCUAAUAACCAAGUAGCAUCAAGCUCAGUCACUAAAAAAGCCCUCGAAAACAAGGAAGACUCAUUAAGGACUUCAGAUCGAGGUAAGAAAGUCACUACGGAGGAAAGCUUGGAGCAACAAAAGCAAAGGCAACUAGAUCGAACAAUUCUCCAAGGUGCUUUCCGUGACCCUACUCAUGCUACUGUGGCAUCUCUUACAUUUCCACAACUUAAACUUUUAGUUGAUGAUGUGAUUCGAGCUCGGCAAGGAGGGAACUCACAAUCCUCACUUAUGUAUGCCAAGCCCUAUACUCGUAGGAUUGAUAAUCUAAGCCUACCAGACGGCUACCAGCCACCAAAAUUCCAAAAGUUCAAUGGGAAAGGCAACCCAAGGCAACACGUCGCCCAUUUUGUCGAAACAUGCAACAAUGUUGGCACCUAUGGAGACCUCAUGGUGAAACAGUUUGUCCAGUCCUUGGAGGACGCAGCCUUUGAAUGUACCAAGCGUACUGUUAGCCUGCCUGAGCUUGCUAACACCAAGCAAAAGAAAGAUGAGUCUGUGACAGCCUUCAUUGAAAGAUGGAGGUAUCUUGUCCUAAAUUGUCGAGAAAAGAUUAAAUUGGCCACUCGUGCCCAUGACCUAGAAAUUCAAAUUGCUAGGCAUGAUAACUUUCUUCCAACAGACACUUGUGAUAAAAAAGAGUCUCGAAAAGAUGUGAAGAAGGAAGUGAAACCUUUAAAAGCAAAAGAAACUAUGGCAGUCAUAACAGUGCCUGUGAAGAUCUCACGACAAAAGCCAAAGCCAAAUCCUAAACAAGCUCUUAAGUGCCCAGAGGAAGUUGGGAGAGUAAAUGAUCCAAAAUACUGUAAGUAUCAUCGAAUUGUGAGUCAUCCAAUCGGUUCCGCUGCCACCAAUGUUGCCAUGGUUUCCUUUGGAUCCUUUAGUCCAGUUCCACUCUUGCCUGUGCAACCAACCCCACUAAUGGUUCAGCUUAAGGAGUUUGCUCCCCAUCUGCCCAAGGGGGCAAUUCAAGUUAAAUUUCAAACAGAUGAUGAAGAAAAGAUAGCCUAUGCUUAUCCUAGCAUGCCUAUGUUUGGAGGUUCAAGCUCUCUUUCUUUAUAUGACCUUAUGACGGUGAAUCUUGAAGAUUGGGAAUCAUCAUCUGAGUCUGCAGAUGAGUUCAAUCACAAAGGAGGAGGCGUCAUUCAAGAACCACACUACCAUCCAUCCAACAAAAUUAUUCAUUUCUUUCAGCUUUGCCAGCUGCACCAAAAAAUCAAGAACAACGUCAGGGAUAUUUUUUCUGAUGAGGAAGUAUCUGUUAAUAUCACAAGUUUCAAGAUAGAAAACGAACCAUCAUUUAAAGAAGAAGCUGAGGGUUCCAAGAGCCAAUCAAAUGAUCCCGAAGUUGAUGGAAGUAUAGAGAAAUGGAAGCAACUUCCAUCUGAUUUACAAUUAUCCAAAGCCUUGCAGCUUUCAUGGGAUACAUGCCUUGCUCUUGUACAAGCUAUGCCUCUUUAUGUGAGUGGUAUUGUUCGAGACCACAAAGUGAAUCGAAUUUUGAUUGAUGAUGGAUCUGCUGUUAACAUAAUGCCAAUUUACAUCAUGAAGAAGAUUGAGAUAACUAUCGAUGAAUUGACUAGCAGUAAACUCCUAAUCCAAGGCUUUAACCAAAAGGGCCAACGUGCAAUUGGCAAGAUCCGCAUCAAUUUCCAAAUCGCAAAUAUGGCAACCUUAGCUUUGCUCCAUGUCAUAGAGGCUAAAACAUUAUAUGAGCUUCUUUUAAGACGAACAUGGGUUGAUGAAAAUGGGGUGAAAGAGCCUUUCACAAAAGAAGAGUCCCAUUUUGCUGAUGCCAAAUUUUAUGAAAAGGAAGAAGAUGGUUUUGAAGCUCUUCCUAUCAAGAUGCCACAAAUAAAGCAAAAGAAUGACGAAAAAAUCGUUGUUCACCCUAUAAAAGAUCCAUUUUCAAGUUUUGAAGUUCAUCUUUCAGUAGAGGAUGUGAAGGUGCUCAAGGAAGAUUUUGUGCUUCCAUUGUUUGCACUCUCUAAACUGGGCAUUUCUAAUCCAGUCAUAAAAGAAAUGGUUGAAACAACCAUAGAACAUGAAAAGCAACCUCAAAGAUGGUUUGAUCCUCGUGCUCAAAUGUUGCUAAAAAGGGCUGGCUUCAAAGAAGGAGAGUCUCAGCAACUUGGGGAUUUGAACUCUAUCCUCACAGGGACUCCACAACUACAAGUUUCAGCCCUGGAAAGGAUUCAACAAGAAAAUAUCCGAGUGUCAGUUUUUGAAAGACUAGGGCCUGCUCCUUCACUAUUGACAAUCCAAGAGAAUCAUUCUCAAAAGCCUUCAGUCUUUUCUAGACUUGGUGCUAAGCAGCAGAACAACAAGAAAGCAUCUAAGGGUCAGAAAAUUCAGAAAAACAAGAACAAGUCUCUACAAAGAAAGAAGUAUCAAUGGAGGCGUAAAGAUGUCCUUAAUGGGCAAGAGAUCUCAAAGCCUUCCGUUCAGGAGGUAAAGGCAGUUGAAUCAAACCAUGUCUCAAUUGAAAAAAUUUCUAACUUUGAUUCUUCAGAUGAAGAACCAAAUCCAGCCCUAGAAGCCUUUGAGGAGGGGGGACAAGCUAUUACUGACGAGCUAAAGCAACGGAACUUGGGUACAGAGGAUGAUCCAAGACCCAUUUUUCUUAGUGCAUCGUUGAGUUUGGAGGAAGAAGUAAGAUAUGUGCAACUACUUACUGAGUACAAGGAUGUGGUUGCAUGGUCUUACAAAGAGAUGCCAGGCUUAGACUCAAAAGUAGCUGUUCAUCGUCUAGCCGUGAAGCAUAGGGUAUGCCCAGUGAAGCAGUUGCAACGACAUUUUUGUCCAAACCUUAUCCCACAAAUUGAAGCUAAGGUUGAUAAGUUGAUUGAAGCCGGUUUCAUUCGGGAGGUCCAUUAUCCAUCCUGGAUUGCGAACAUUGUUCCAGUUCAUAAAAAGAAUAGACAACUCAGGGCAUGUGUAGAUUUUCGUGAUCUAAACCAAGCAUGGCCAAAAGAUGAUUUUCCGCUUCCGAUCAUAGAGCUUAUGGUGGAUGCAACCAUGGGGCAUGAAGUUUUGUCGCUUAUGGUGGAUGCAACCAUGUGGCAUGAAGUUUUGUCCUUUAUGGAUGGAUUCUCUAGUUACAACCAAAUUCGCAUGGAUCCUAAGGAUGAGGAGCUUACAACUUUUCGAACACCAAAGGGUAUUUAUUGUUAUAAAGUUAUGCCAUUUGGGUUGAAAAGUGCCAGAGCCAUUUACCAGCGUGCAAUGCAAAUGAUUUUUAGUGACAUGUUGCUGGUUAAAUGUUAUUGAUGAUAUUUGGUUGUUAAAUCUAAGAGAUUUGAUGACCACCUCAAUGACUUGAAAGUUGUGUUUGAGAGACUUCGUAAGUAUCAUCUAAAAAUGAAUCCAUUAAAAUGUGCCUUUGGUGUUUCCUCUGGCAAAUUUCUGGGGUUUAUUGUGAGGCAUCGAGGCAUUGAAAUUGAUCA